AUGAACGACGCUGCAGCCGAGCCCUUGAUCUCCACCGACCGCCGCGUUCCGAACGAUGCACGCGACCGCUACGAUGAAGCCGACGACGCGAGUAUAAGAGACGACGAGGUGGACGAGAGUGCCUUGGUAUCCCCAGGCCUCACCGGUGUUAUAUCCUCGACCCUCAUAUCCAUAAACACCGAUCUCUCCUCCCGGCCCCUGACCACCCUCGACAAGAGCUUGAUUACGUCUUGCACUUCGUUCUUCGCACUCCUCGCCUCGCCCCUAACGGGUAUCCUCGCCGAUGCAUACGGACGCAAAACCGUGAUUCUGGUCGCAGACAUCUUGUUCAUACUCGGUGCGCUGCUGCAGGCAUGGACAAGCAGUGUCGGCGGCAUGAUUGUGGAGAAAGAGAUUGAAGAGGAGGAGGAUGCAGCUGGACUGCGAGGGGCUCCUGACAUGGCUAAGAUCGGUUGGAGAGCUAAAAAGGAGAGGGUCCAAGACAACUUUUCUCAACUGAUCGUCAUCGGAGGGAACCGUCGAGCCUUGGUUAUCGCGUGUAUGCUCCAGGGCUUCCAGCAACUAUGUGGCUUUAACUCACUAAUGUACUUCUCCGCCACAAUAUUCCGCCUCGUCGGUUUCGCCUCCCCAACCCUAACCUCGCUCUCCAUCGCCAUCACAAACUUCCUCUUCACACUCGUAGCCUUCCACUACAUCGACCGCAUCGGACGCCGACGUAUCCUCCUCUGCUCCGUCCCCAUCAUGAUCAUCGGUCUCACACUCUGCGCUGUUGCAUUCCUCUUCGUUGACCUUCCCACCGAGGAGGCUUCUGCUAUUACAGCUACUUCCACUACCACUGCUAUUGACGGCGAUGACAACAAGAUAUGGCCCCUAGUCAUCCUCUUCUCCAUGAUAACAUACGUCGCCGGCUACGCGAUAGGCAUGGUCAUCCUAUACCACACCCCCAACCCCACAACAAUGAAGCCCACAUUCCUCCUCCUCACAACCCUCACCACCCUAGCAUGCACCGCCCCAAUCCUCCCCUCAACCAACCCCCCUCCACCCCUCCCCACAGCCUUCUACCCCAACCCAGCCUCAAACUCCAACUCCAAAUCCGGCCAAAUGGUCGACAACACGCUCCCCUCCAACUCCCUCCCAGGCAACGGCAUCGCCUCCGGUCAGAUGGUCGACAACAUACUCCCCGACAGCGACCUCCCCGGCGGCGGCAUCGCCCAAACACCCGCCAAACGCGCCCUUGCCAACGCCGUCCCUGAUAAAUACGACUCGUCUACGUACUACGACGCAGCCGCCGAGAAAGAAGCAGAGGAGCUGGCUCUUGUGCUGGAUGCUGCGAGUGAGAAUGCUGCGGAAGAUGAGAGUGCCGACACCAGCCUUAACGUGAAGAGGGGAAAUGGAAUGCAAAGCAACAGUGUGGAGGGGUGUAAGAAGAGGGCUCAGCCGGCAGGGCAUGUUGCGUGUUUGUGCGAGAAGAAAGUUAGUUUUGAUGGGUGUGUGCAGAGCAAGAUUAGGAACUAUGACGCCUGCGCAAAGAAGGAGUGCCCAUAA